UUGACUGAUAUAGUGAGAGCAGCCUGCCGGAGGAACGAGUGGAUGUAUGUUUGACUUUCAUCUCAUCUUCUGCAGAACUCGCGAAAGGAAUCACGUUUUUGAAUGGCUUGAUUUUGUGGAUAAUGCUGCAUAUAUGUGUUUUUUGACCAUGUUGUAUUAACUUCAUAGAAGUCAUGCAUAACUAUUUCGGAGGUUGUUUCUUGAUAGUUUUCUUCAUUUUGACGUUUUGGACUGAGGUUUGCCACUCGUCGGGUUAUUUGGAGCUCCAGUUGAUCAACGUGGAGAAUGACAGGGGUGAGCUCGAGAAUGGCAACUGCUGCGACGACACGCAGAGCGCACGAGACGGUCUGUGCGACCGGGACGAAUGUGACACUUACUUCAGAGUGUGUCUAAAGGAAUACCAAGUGGAGGUCAGCACGUCUGGCUUAUGUACAUACGGCACUGCGAUCUCGAGCGUGCUCGGAGGGAAUACGUUUCAGUUAAAAGGAAUCAAUGGAAACUCAAACAAGGCCAAUGACCUGGGGACCGUUAUCAUACCCUUUCAGUUCGCCUGGCCGCGUGCCUACACUUUGAUCGUGGAGGCUUGGGAUUGGGACAACCAAACAUUUACUGACAACAGUGAUGAACUGUUGAUUGAGCGAAGUAUGUCCCGUGGGGAAAUGAAUCCCGGAGAGGAACGACAGCUCAUUCAGCACAAGGGUCGAACUGCCAGCUUCCAGUACAGCGUAUGCGUGCGCUGCGACCAACAUUACUACGGAAACAAGUGCAACAAACAGUGUCGCCCCCGUGAUGAUUACUUUGGCCAUUACCAAUGUGAUCAAUUCGGCAAUCAACAGUGCAUGGAGGGCUGGAUCGGGCCAGUCUGCAGGACAGCUGUGUGUAAACAAGGCUGCAGUGAGCACGGAAAAUGUGACAGACCAGGAGAAUGUGUGUGUAAAUAUGGCUGGCAGGGUCCGCUGUGCGAUGAGUGUUUGCUGUACCCGGGUUGUGUGCACGGGACCUGCGUGAAGCCAUGGACAUGCACCUGUGAGAAGAACUGGGGUGGACUUCUAUGUGACAAAGAUUUGAAUUACUGUGGCACUCACAAGCCCUGUGUGAACGGAGGCACGUGUUUGAAUACAGAGCCGGAUGAGUAUUUCUGCACAUGCCCUGAGGGCUACUCCGGGAAAAACUGCCAAAUCGCCAAGCAUGCCUGCAUGUCAAACCCAUGUGCAAAUGGCGGGACCUGUCAUGAAUUGGCAUCAGGGUUUGAGUGCCAGUGUCCCCCAGGCUGGAAUGGGCCCACCUGUGCUAAAGACAAAGACGAGUGUGCCUCCAACCCGUGCGCUCAGGGGGGGACUUGCUUUGAUCUUGAGAAUGGCUUUGAUUGUUUAUGCCUCCCGCAAUGGACUGGCAAAACCUGUCAGAUAGAUGUGAAUGAGUGUACGAGAAGACCUUGUGUAAAUGCUUACGCUUGCAAAAAUCUUAUUGGUGGAUAUCAUUGCAACUGCUACCCGGGCUGGGCGGGACCCAACUGUAAUAUCAAUGUCAACAGCUGUUAUGGUCAGUGUCAGAAUGGAGGAACCUGUCAGGAUGAUCACCAUAGUUACACGUGCCUUUGCCAGCCUGGCUUCAAAGGAAGACACUGUGAAGUUCAGCAGAACGGGUGCCCAUGUCAAAAUGGCGGACGGUGUCGUUCUCUAUCCAUCGGUUAUGAGUGUGAAUGUCUAUACGGAUACACAGGAACCAACUGUGAGAAGCCGUUGGAUCUGUGCGAACCAAACCCGUGUCAGAAUAAAGCUCAGUGUCAGUAUCUGAAGGGAGAUUUUCACUGCGCCUGUGCAGACGAAUAUGAGGGAAAAACAUGCGGUCAGCUACGAGACCACUGCAAGACCAGCACUUGUGAAGUGAUCGACAGCUGUACUAUUGCCGUGACAUCAAACGACACAGUGAAAGGGGUACGGCACAUCUCAUUCAAUGUUUGUGGUGCUCACGGCCGCUGCAUUAGCCAAUCAGAGGACAACUUCACCUGUGCAUGCCAGCCUGGGUUUACAGGGACGUACUGUCAUGAGAACAUAAAUGAUUGUUCAUCAUCUCCCUGUCACAAUGGAGGAACGUGCAUCGAUGAGAUCAACUCUUUCCACUGUGUCUGUCCUGAUGGCUUUGAUGGGCCACUCUGUGACCUUGAGGUGGAUGAGUGUAGCGAUAAGCCUUGUCUAAACGGAGGUCAAUGUAUUGAUCGGCUGAAUGAUUUCUACUGUCGCUGCACAGACAACUGGAAGGGAAAGACAUGUAAUUCCCGUGACAAUCAAUGUGAUUUUAGCACAUGUGCUAAUGGAGGGACUUGCUAUGAUCAUGGAGACUCAUUCCACUGUGUGUGUCCUCCUGGAUGGGGUGGCAGUACCUGUAACACAGCAAUGAACAGUUCAUGUGAAUCCGGGCCAUGUCUGAAUGGUGGAACCUGUGUUGGAGGGGGCAGUGGCUUCACCUGCAGUUGUAAAGAUGGGUGGGAAGGGCCCACCUGUGCUCAGAAUGUUGAUGACUGCAACCCUCAUCCCUGUUAUAAUGGAGGAAUGUGCGUGGACGGGGCGAACUGGUUCCGCUGUGAAUGUGCUCCUGGAUUUGCUGGGCCUGACUGUCGCAUCAAUGUAGAUGAGUGUCAGUCCAAUCCUUGUUUGUAUGGAGCCACAUGCACCGAUGAGAUUAAUGGAUAUCGCUGUCUGUGCCCAGUGGAACGUGCUGGAUCACGCUGCCAAGAGUCAGUGAUUGGUGUUGGGAAGGCAUGCGAUCACUCUGGGUUGCAGGUCCGUCAUGGUGACCGAUGGGAGGACGGGUGCAACAGUUGUCAAUGUAUGGAUGAAAACAUCAUGUGCACUAAAGUGCGUUGUGGUCGUCAGCCCUGCCUGUUGCAUUCAGGCUUUGGUCAGCCACAGCUUCCCAUGUGUCCAGAAGGGCAGAGGUGUGUGGAGCAUCGUUUCCUGUCUUGUCUUCAUCCACCUUGCCAUCAGCUGGGGAUAUGCUCCCCCCCCGAACGUCAGCAACCAAUCAGCACUCAGUGCUUACCCAACAACACCUACCUAGAUGAAAACUGUGCUCGUGUCACGCUUGUAUUUGACUAUGAUAGUGUUCCGCAGGGGACAACUCCUGAAGGUGUCUGCGCAGAGAUAACGCAUCUGCCAAUCACGCGAGUCCUAGCCAAAGACCACACCCUUUCUAUUCUUUGUGACCAAUCACCUUCCAGCCAAAAUGCAGUGGAGGUUGCAAUGUCAUAUGAGCAAAGCACUUUCAUUGAGGGACGUGCCGAGAUACAGGACGUGGUCCGAUCAAUCAUAGACGUUCUGUCUAAACGUCACAACAGCACGCUACUGUUGGCUGUAAGAGAGGUCAGGGUGGACCCUCAGGGUCCUCAUCCUCCAGCCGGUUACCUGGUGCCGGUUCUGUGCGUGCUGUUUGUGAUGUUGUGGAUCUCCUGUUUCGUCGUUUGCAUGUGGUGGUUCUGGAGACGGCGGAAAGCGAGACAAAGAGAUGACCUUCCCAUGGAGGAGAGCAUCAAUAACCAGCGUGGGACACUUCUGAAUGUCUGCACACUGCACAAAGACAACACAGAGAGAGAAAACAAAAACCUGAUUUACCCUCUGGAUCGGGUCGGAGACGGAGCUGAGCAUGAGGAUGAGGAGGGAGAAGGGGAUGAAGAAACAGAAGCAGGGCUGGUUAUGCAUAAAGGCUCUUCUCUGGCGUACAGCAAAGGAGAUGUAGUGUACACUAUUCCACCAGUAGCCCAAUCCCAGCCACACAGGACACAGUAUAUUAGAAAAGACAACCGCUGUAAGAACAAUGUGAACGAGCACAUGAAAGAUCAUAAUGUAUGAACAAACUGGAACUUUCUACAAAUUUUUUUGUAUGAUCAAAAAGCAGUUGGUGUUUUUGAUUCUUUGUGUCAUUGCGUCGUCUAACGAAACAGGAAUUUACGUGCGUAAAAUGCAAAUCAGACAUUUGGAGAACGAUUUCAAAAUCCUUUUCUUUUGUUUACACUUGCACUCACUUCUGCUCCAAAGGACGGACUUUACACGCGGCUGAACUUUGAGAUUAUGUCUGUGAACUGUGGCGAGACUUUUGACCCUAAGGAGGAAUCAACGAUAGGCAGCUUUGAAUAUUUUUUAUUGUGUCCAGACAUGCCCCAAGUCAAGUUUUAGGAGCGAUCAUCUCUUCCAGAAGUAAAUUCCAGAAGUGCCUCAUCGGACCUUUAGAAUAGCUCUUAAACCUGGCAUAGGCAUUUUAUUUUCAUAUUUUUCACAUAUUUUUUGCUUAUCCUUAACAAAUAUGUUGGUUCUUUAUUAUUUUUGCUAGAAAAUUCUGUACACACUUCCAAAUGUUGAGAGAUAAGGUUUACUUCAAAAAAGUUUUUUUUUUGGUGGAAAUUGGUACUCGAAUACUGAAACAGUAAAAGAGUAUUUUGACUGAAAUGAUCA